UCCGCAGUCUAGACGAUCGAGUUACACGCACCGAGCUAGUCAGAUGUGCCGUUGUACUUCCCACCACAAUCACACCUCCGCGAGCUUGACCUCGCCCGCAUCGACAACACUUCUUCGCGCUCUACGUUAUGCUGCACAGACACUGGUUUUCGUGCAUUCUCUACGCGGCAUUCUCCGUGCUCCACGCGGCCGCAGACCAUCACACUUGCGAGUGGCAGGGGCCUGGCACGCUCUCGCCCGAAAAGUAUGGGUACAUUCUUUUCUGCAGAGCGCCAAUCACGAUACUCAACACAACCCACGCCGAGUAUGUGUGCCCCUCCGUCUACUGGCUGAGGAUCAUGGUCGCCGACUAUGGCUUCCUCCGACCCGAGACGCUUGAGGUGGCGACGCCUUGUGGGCAUAAGGGCUUUGCACGCGGCUCUCAGUGCGACUACCAUACGUGGGGCGUCUGUGAUGCGCCCUCCGAUAGGACCCGUGACCCCUCAACCUUCAAUUGCAAAUUUAUUGGACGGAAGGACGAUUGCGAAUGGCCUGUUACUUUUCCCACCUCGGCUUAUGCGCCCGUCAGUGUCGAUAUUUGGAUGAAGCUGAGGGGGGGGUCCUUGAGAUGGUGCGGCUCAUUGGAGCUCGUGGAGCCCAGUGAGGGUGACACGGUGACGGUUCGUGGGGCAACGCGACGGUCUUCUGCGAUACUUUCGUCGACCUUGACAAAACGCGUUGCGUGUCUUUCGCUCUUCGCCUGACAACGAGGCUGUGCUGCUUUUGCUGGUCGCUCUCCCUCCGAGCAUGAUGAAAUGAUAGCUCGUUGCUCAUUUGAAAGCCGAAAAUAGGGCUGGCUGUGACUUUCGCGCAGGCGUCGCCAACGUGAGCCUGAGGGGGAGGCGUCUCCCUUUAGCAGUCUGGUUCAGCUGGCUUGGAAUGCACCUUCACCUCUUCUCAUGCGCCGUCGUUUGCGCGCUGGCUAGCUACACACGUGCAUCAAGCGGACUCGUGCCGGGCCGGCCGUAAGGAUGUCC